AUGCACGCGACGAUUGAUCGAUGUUCAAAGCUACCUCCCCGAAGCACAAGGCAGCGCUCUGCUGGAACAACCAGGGUUCCUUUGAAAGCCCGCAGCCUGAAGGAACACAUCCAUCAACACAAAAACGGAUUUUGUGAAUAUUGCUGGGGUAUGGAGACUCCUGCAACUCUAACAUUACUCGAUGAGACUUCAGCAGGUCUUUCCGAUAAUCCUUUCACUGAAGACGAUGAAGAUGAAGCUUUCAGUGAUUCCUCUUCUAUAUCAAGUUGCUUGGAAGAAGAUAAAAGCGGCUCACAAAAGGAUGUCAAAGACGAUACUGGAGGAAACCUUGGAGCAAUGACAAUGCCUAGGAUGGCGUCAUCUCCAAUGGAAUGUGAAGUAGUUACCCAUCGACGAGUUAUUCGACGUAGAAUCUCAAGACCCUCCCCACUACCAUCCUUAUAUCGUGCCUCAAUUAAUAGUCAAGAGGCAACCUCGGGUUCAGAUUCGGGAUUCGGUUACGGAGCGCCGAAAAGAGCUCUGAGUUCCGCAAAUGUGACUUCCAGCCAGUCAUGGAAUUACCGAAAUGGAAUGAUGUCAGGACCACAGAGUCCAGCACCCGGUUACUCUUCUAUGCGUUCCAUGGGAGGAAGUCUACGAAGCGGCAGUGCGUACCUGGGUUCUCAGGGCUAUUCCGCUCGCCGUGAACGUCUGAAACAGGAGGCUGAGCAAGCGGAGGCUCUUCGACAAGGUACUCAACGAAUCAAUCAUGUUGCUGCAUCCUCCAACGAUCUGCGUUCAAGUUCUCUGCACCAGCAACGCCUGCUUAUUACCGUGAACAACCAGAUAUUCUCUUCUUUCGACCUUUCAAGUUGUGAAUUUAUGCUUCGUCGCAUUGGAAGCAUGCCCGAACGGACUGAGUUUGAAGAGAUAGAGACGGUAACUCUCCAGCCAAUAGGAAGAGGAGUUCAGGAUCUGGGAUCAAAUAUGGGUUCAACGGCAACGCUAAAUAGAGCUGGCAGACGACCUGUAGCGUCCUCGAUGCUUGAGGGACUUAACAGGGUAGACCCUUACAGAAGCAACCGCCAACCAAGGGCUAACAUGUCGUCGUCAUUCGGUCGUCAAACCUCUGCCAUGGAUAUUUCACAAACAAUGUCAGCUCGACCCCAACGGGCUGCAUCAAGUACGAUUCUAUUAUGCCUGUUUUCAUUUUAA